AUUCAACAUGGAGGCGGAGGUCGAUAAGCUGGAGCUGAUGUUCCAGAAAGCUGACACUGAUCUGGAUUACAUUCAGUGCAGGCUGGAAAAUGAAAUCAAGACUAAUCAUCAUGAUUCAGCAGGCGAGAAAAAUCCAGUUACACUCUUGAAGGAAUUGUCAGUGAUAAAGUCUCGAUAUCAAACUUUCUAUGCACGCUUUAAACCAGUUGCUGUUGAACAGAAAGACACUAAGAGCCGCAUUUGUGCUACUUUGAAUAAGACUAUGACCAUGAUGCAAAAACUACAAAAGCAAACAGACCUGGAGCUGUCACCACUGACUGAAGAAGAGAAAACUGCAGCAGAACAAAUAAAAUCUCACAUGCCAGACUCAUGAAGAAAUGGACUUAUGAAAGGGAACUCUAGUGGAGAAGAGAUUAAGUCCAGAGAAAUUUAGGAAGAUGUCUUGUUAACUUGUUACCACUUGAUGACUAGAGGUGGGGGGCUGGUGAAAGAGGAGGUCUGGCUUGAGUGACUGGAUAGUGAUUGCCUUUUAUAAUAGAGGAGAAUAUGGGAAGGGCAGAUAAUAUAUGAAUAAAGUUCAUCCAGAUGGAUGAAGUGGGAAUAAGGGGAUUUACACACAUAACACGCAUACGCGGAAGUCCUUUAACACUAUUUUGCAUCUGUUUUCUUUUUGUAUAAUUGGGGUAAUGUGGAUGUUCUGGCCUAUCAUUCAAUAUGUGAAUAUGCUUUGGAAAUUAGAGGGUAGGCAAAAUAUUUGUAUUAUACUUUUUAAUAUAGUUAUAUAAUUUCAUUUUUGAAAAUGUUAGAUGUGGUCAUAUUGGUGAGACUGCUAAUAUGUGAUCUGUAGUCUCCCACAAAACCUAGUUGAAGUAAUAAAUAGGCUUUUCUAUGAUAACUUCACUUUUUUUCCCUCUUUCUUCUGCCUCCUAAUGUUGAGCAGCAUGAGCUUGCUUUCAAAUGCUAUUUUAGACAGUCCCUAUUAUAUUUCAGUAAUACUUUUGUUCUCCUUCGGCCUAUAUUAUUUUAACUGUUCAUUCUAAUGAAAGCUAAGAAGCUGAAAUCAGAUGUGCACUUAAUUGCUACUUGCCAGUUCGUGUGUACGUAUAUGUAGGUGCCAGUUUCCCUAUUUAUUUUUAAAUAACUAUUGGCAAUAAGGUAAUAGUCCAAAGUAGGGGCAGAUCUUGAUUCAAAGAUGUUAAUCACAGGGUGUAUUACUCUGUUUCUGUUGCUUAUAACAGAAUACCUGAAACUGGGUAAUUUAUAAAGACAUAAAAUUUAUUUUUUACAGUUUUGGAGGCAGGAGGUCUACGGCCUAGGGAACACAUCUGGUGAGGGCCUUCUAUGCGGCAAUGCAGAGUAUCACAUGGUGAGGAGUGGCAUGAGCAAGAGAGAGCUAACCUUUCACUUACUCUCCUUAUAAAGCCAUUAGAACCAUGCCCAUAAUUACUCAUUACUCCAGGAAUCCAUUCAUGAGGGCAUGCAUGGUCCUUGUGAUCCAAUCACUUAUUAAAUUCCUUACUUUCCACUACCAUAUUGGGGGUUAGUUCCAACAUGAGCUUGGGGGGACAUUCAAACCACAGCACAGGGUUAUUUAUAAUAGCAGUACACGUACACACUUGGCUAAUAGUAGGUGAAUAGGAAAGUAAGUCGUGGUGUAUUUUGCCAAUAAAUGAUUACUGUUAAUGUUCUGUGAAAUGCUGAAGCUAUGUUAAGUAGGGGAGAGGGAAAGCAGGUAUUGUGGCUUGUAGUUAAGAUUGGGCUUUGGAGUCCAAUCUGAGAUGUAAGCAGCAGGUUUAAAUUCUAGCUGUGACUCUGAGCAAAUCACAACUUUUAUGUGUCAGGAUGGUUGGAAGGUCAAUAAGACAGUAAAAUGUUUAGCACAGUGUUUGGUAUUUGGUAAGCCUUCAAUAAAUGAUAUUAUUUACAUAUGUGUAAUAAAAACUGGGCAUUGAAAAGACUAGGAAAAUGCACCAAGUGUUCUGCAGGUUAUACAAUUAUACUUUUACAUAAUCUAAAAAUUUGUUAUGAACAUAUAUUUGUUCACUAACAAUCUUAUAGUAGUUGACAAACAGGGUUGGAAGAGUAGCUUCAGUUAACCGUGUCCUUUCGAGUUUGAAUAAAGACCAGAAAGCUUUCCUUUUCUGAUUACAGAGAAAUGUUAUACUUUAGUAUCAGCUAUUCAUUUUUUUCAGUGCUCAGGCAAUUAAUAUUAAGGAAUCUCCUGUCAUGGGAUGGCUCUAGAAGGUGAUGUUGAUUGGUGGAAUUGGAAAAAUAGAAAUAUCAUGAGGAGGUCAUGACAAAUUCUUUAGUAUUAAAAUGGCUUUGCUUUCAAUCUGGGAGAAAAAAACUAGAGUGUACUGUUUUUUCCUCUGAUUUUCUUCAUGGUUACCAGCAUUUAGAAAAUGCUGGUUCUUCUCCUCCGCCCCCUUAAAAUUGUUCUCUAUGCACUUCUCAAUAUAUUCUUUCAUUUGUAUCCCAAGCCUCCAGCUUCUUUGUAGAUGACUCCCAAAUAUAACUUCUUCCACUAGCUCUAGAUCCAUAUUUCCAAUAAACUCCCCACCUGAAUAUUCAAA